GGAUUAUCCCAAAUUUUGAACAAUUAUGAAUUGGCAUCGUCGUUAAGCCAAGAAAAGUUUAAAAUUCUUGUUCACCGGUGCAAAGAUACUCAACACUCUUUCUCUCGAUUCUCAUCAUUCUAACAUUCUCUUCUCCGUUUUCUCUAGGGUUUUAGAUUAGGGUUUCACUCUGUUAGCCAAACUGGAUAGGCACAGAGGAGACCACCGCUACGGCGACAACAACAACAACAACGAUGAUUACUCUUACAACAACAAUCGUCCUUCGCGCCCUUCUCGUUUCUCCGAUUCUCCCAUGAAUUACAACCGUCGUAGUCCCGGCGGUUUCCGUGCCGCUCCUCCCCAUCGUAAUUUUGAUAGUCCCCCUCGUUGGUCACCUGGUAGGGUUGGAGGUGGAGGUUUCCGUCCACCUCCUCCCGGAGAUGCUUUCAGGCCGAUGAGCAAUGAAGGUCCUGGUGAAUUUGGAUUCAAUAAUCAUCAGCCAUCGUCGUUGUCUGGUCAGAAACGAGGGUUUCCUUUCUCUGGACGUGGUGCUUCACCGGAUCGCUUUGACGGUGGAAGUUUUGCCAAACUUUUUGUUGGGUCUGUUCCCCGAACAGCAACCGAGGAAGAUAUUCGUCCUUUGUUUGAGGAACACGGGAAUGUCGUUGAGGUCGCCUUAAUUAAAGAUAGAAAGACAGGACAACAUCAAGGUUGUUGUUUUAUAAAAUAUGCUACCUCAGAGGAAGCUGAUCAGGCAAUUAGAGCAUUGCACAAUCAAAUUACCCUUCCCGGAGGUGUUGGUCCCAUCCAAGUGCGGUAUGCUGAUGGCGAACGGGAACGCCUUGGUGCAGUUGAGUACAAACUAUUUGUGGGCUCUCUGAAUAAACAGGCUAGCGUAAAAGAAGUUGAGGAAGUUUUCUCAAAAUAUGGGCGGGUUGAAGAUGUUUAUCUUAUGCGUGAUGACAAGAAGCAGAGUCGUGGAUGUGGUUUUGUCAAAUACUCGCAUAGAGAUAUGGCACUGGCAGCUAUUAAUGCACUUAAUGGAAUAUACACAAUGAGAGGUUGUGAUCAACCACUGAUUGUCCGUUUUGCUGAUCCUAAAAGACCUCGUCAAGGAGAUUCCAGAGGUCCUGCAUUUGGAGCUUCAGGAUUUGGUCCUAGAUUUGAUUCACCGGGCACUAGACUUCCAUCAAAUAAUUCUGAUUCUAUGGGUGACCAUAUGCCUCCUCCUAAUGCUUGGCGUCCCAACCAUCAACCAAACACGGGGCCAUCCUUCAAUGCUGGUUUUCAUGGCAUGGGGCCUCCAUUGAUACCAAGAUCUGGCGACAUGGCAUUGCCUAUAAAUGCAGGCGGUCCUAUGAGUGGCAUGGGAGUCUCCAUAGAUGGUCGUUUUCAAGCUCAGUCUCCGUCAGCAAUGCCACAACAGAAUUUCAACCAACCUCUACCGCAAAUUCCACCAGGCAAUCAACAAAGACCUCCAUCACAGAAACCUAUCCACUCAUCUCAGGAGUUUCCACCUUCACACCAGUUAUAUCCUCAAUCUCCGAUGCCCUAUCCACAAACAUCGACACUACCAUCUCUCAGGCAGCACAGUCAGCCACAACCUCUCUCUGCUGGUCCGCAGGGACCGGGCAUAAGUGCACAGUUUUCAGUUUCUCAGCCUCAAACUCAGCAGAGUAGUUUGCCUGCUACAUUUCCUCGGACCUCUCUUGAUACCAGCAUUCAAUCUAAUACAACAUUGACUACUCCAAGUAGACAGCAAGUUCCUCCCUCUAUGCAGCAGCAACAGUCACAACCACUUCAACCUCUUCAGCAAUCCCCUUCUCAGUUAGCUCAGUUGGUGUCACAACAAACUCAGACUUUACAAGCAAGCUUCCAUUCAUCUCAGCAGGCCUUCUCUCAGCUUCAACAACAAUUACAGAUGAUACAACCAUCCAGUCAAGCAUCAACAUUGCAGCAUCACGUAGAACCUACUAAAACACAGUCUCAAUGGGGUGGGACUGUAUCACAUGCCACGACCGGCACUCAUGUGGCUGUACCUGCUCCAGGUGCUCCUUCAUCAACAUCUGCUGCUUCUUCUGUACAAGCAAUAGGCCAGAACACAACUCUUGCAAAAUGUAAUUGGACAGAGCAUUUAUCUCCCGAGGGCUUUAAAUACUACUAUAAUAGUGUGUCUGGGGAAAGCCGGUGGGAGAAACCCGAAGAGUUGACAUUAUUUGAACAGCAAAAGCAACAGCUCAGGCAGUCUGCUCAGCAGUCACAGCCUUCAAUACCACCCACCCAGCAAAUUCCAUUAAACCAGCAGGUUCAGCCUCAAAGUCAUUUCCGAGAACAACAGGUUCAGCCUCAAAUUCCACAAAACCAACAAGUUCAGCCUCAAAUUCCACAAAACCAACAGGUUCAGCCCCAAAGCCAUUUUCGAGAACAAGCUCUCCACCAUCAACAAAUACAGCAACCAUCCUCAUUCCAGGCGGCAUAUGGAGUUACAGGUCAUCAAAAUGUUCAGGAACUUGGCUAUAAACAGUUACAGUCGUCAUUUGUUUCUGCUGGUAAUCCCGGACGUUAUUCACAGGGUAUUAAUACUACACAAGAGCAGAUGUGGAAAAACAGGCCUGCAGGAGUCUGAACCUCGACGAGUUUACCGUGAGACGGUGCACACAUCAAAUCUGUUGCUUAUUGAAGGUAGAGGACCACCACCUUCAUUUUGACCCUGUGACAUGUAACCCAUAUAUUUGCAUUCAUGAGUUACUUCAGUCCUAAUUGUUGAGAUUUCACUGUCACUGUCUGGCUAGGCAAUGACGGCUGUGAGGAGUCAAUACACCUCGGAAGGAAAUGAUCUACCCAGAUCGUCGUGUAACAUAGGCUUUGCUUUAUUUAUAAAUUUUAACUUCACUAUUAAUUUAGAAACAAUCUAUAAAGUUCAUAUGGUGCUGGUGAUUUACCUAAUGAAAUCAUAAUGCACUUAAGGAAGCAAUGUAUCAUUUGGUUAUAAAGAGAAGCUACUCAAAGCUCAAUUCAAGUAAUCGUUAUUAAUUAGUUACUAGUA